AGAUUACACACCACAAUCAAAAACCAAAACCCAACACGUAAAUCAGUGAAAGGAAGGGACUUACAGUGGAUUUUCCCGCGCCGAGAUAGCCAGUGAUAACAGACACACCAACUGAAACAGUAUCGCUUGAUGAGUGAACCUUUCCGACAGAAACAUCCGGAUGGAUUUGAACAGCCAUCGGUGGUUCUUCAUCAUCAUCUUCCAUUUUCACUCCCUCAGCUUCUUCCUUCAGCAUCGCCGGUAUAUGCAGAGACGCCGUAAAAGACAGAGCUCCAUAUAUGGGCCGAGCUCACAUUAGCUUGGUUCGGUUCGGUUCGGUUUGGUUAAAAUGUCAAACGACUCAAAACCCUAAUUUUUAACAAACAAAUUCUUAGUCUCCUCUGCUCGAUUCUUGCAUCUGAGAGAAGAGCAAGAACUAAAGUUCUCUCGUUGUCUUUUGUUUUGAAAGAGAGCAUUUUUUGGCCCUUUAGUCUCCAUUUCUCUCUGCUCCUUCUAAGGUUAUAAGGUUUUUUUUAGUCUUUGGUUAAACGAUGGGAAGGACAAAGAAACCUCAAAAGUUUGCAGUAAUGAAGAUGAUGAUAAGCCACAAAGCUUUGAAACAUUACAAGGAGGAGGUUCUGAAUCCAAACAAGAAGGACCUCACUGAACUUCCGAGAAACGUUCCAAGUGUUCCUUCAGGGCUUUUCUUUUCUCACAACUCUAGUUUGGUUCCUCCUUACCGGGUUUUGGUGGAUACCAAUUUCAUCAACUUCUCUAUCCAGAAUAAGAUUGAUCUUGAGAAGGGAAUGAUGGUGUUUGUACGCAAAAUGCACUCCUUGUAUUACGGACUGAUUGCAAAAGAUCCACGAUUUGAAAGACUACCUUGUGUACUCAAAGGGACAUAUGCUGAUGACUGUCUUGUGGACAGAGUUACUCAGCAUAAAUGCUUCAUAGUAGCUACUUGUGAUAGAGAUCUAAAGCGAAGGAUUCGCAAGAUUCCUGGUGUACCAAUCAUGUAUGUGACACAACGCAAGUACUCAAUAGAGAAACUGCCUGAAGCAACAAUCGGUGGAGCUCCAAGAUACUGAUAAAGGAUCCGACACCCAUGUUGAUUCCAAGAAGUUUGGGAAGCCUAAGUUAGUGUUGGUUUAAGCUGUGAAUUAAAUGAGUAAGAAAGGUUGUGUUGAUUUUGAGCCAAUUUUGUUCAGUCUCUGGCGAGUUCUGUCUCUUUGAUAUUGUUAAUGUACUUAAGCAUUAAAGAUAAUUAUUUUCUCAUGCUCUUCCACUAUCUUGCUGACUUUGUUGGUACAUUGGUGUGAAAAAUUAAGAUAACAUGCGUGUAAUUUAGAUUGAUUCUAAU